AAAAAAGCCAGUAUUCAUUGUUCUGCUUCUUAGCUAGCUAAUGAAAGGAGAGUUCACUCAGACAGACUUCAUUCAUUUCGCUCACUGCUGCGUUGUCUGGGCCUGGCUGUGGUGCAGAUGAAAUAGCUUUUUUUGAAUGUCAGUUGAAUUUGUAAGGCGAAAACAGAGGUCAUCAUGGGUGAUGACAGUGAGUGGAUGAAGUUGCCCAUCGACCAGAAGUGUGAACACAAGGUAUGGAAAGCCAGACUAAAUGGCUAUGAAGAAGCCCUGAAGCUCUUCAACAGGAUAGAGGAUGAGAAGAGCCCCGAAUGGGGCAAAUACCUGGGCCUGCUUAAGAAGUUUGUGACAGACUCGAACGCGGUGGCCCAGCUUAAGGGCCUUGAGGCAGCACUUGCCUACGUCGAGAAUGCUCAUGUGGCUGGCAAAACAUCAGGAGAGGUGGUGUCGGGAGUGGUCAGUAAAGUGUUCAACCAGCCUAAAGCUCGGGCCAAAGAGCUGGGCUCAGACAUCUGCCUCAUGUACAUGGAGAUUGAGAGGGCUGAGGURGUUCAGGACGAGCUCAUCAAAGGCCUCGAUAACAAAAACCCCAAGAUUGUUGUCACCUGUAUUGAAACUUUAAGGAAAGCACUUAGUGAGUUUGGCUCCAAAAUUAUUACUCUGAAGCCAGUGGUGAAAGUUUUGCCCAAACAGUUUGAGUCGAGAGAAAAGGCAGUUCGAGAUGAGGCCAAACUACUAGCAGUAGAGAUCUAUAAAUGGAUCCGGGAUGCUCUUCGACCUCCUCUCCAGGGCAUCAACUCUGUUCAGUUGAAGGAACUGGAGGAAGAGUGGGUGAAGCUGCCAACUACAGCCCCCAAACAGAGCCGCUUCCUCCGCUCACAGCAGGCCCUCAAGGCCAAGUUUGAACAGCAGCAGGCAGCUGGAGGAGACGAGGCAGAUGGAGAUAAUGAUGAUGAACCUGCACCUCGGGUAGACCCUUACGAGCUGCUGGAAGCAGUGGAGAUCCUCUCAAAACUGCCUAAAGACUUCUAUGACAAAAUUGAGGCCAAAAAAUGGCAGGAGAGGAAAGAGGCCCUGGAAGCAGUGGAGACCUUGGCUAAAAACCCUAAAUUGGAGAACGGGGACUUUGGUGACUUGGUCAGAGCACUAAGAAAGGUGAUUGGUAAAGAUGCUAAUGUUAUGUUGGUGACCCUAGCAGCCAAAUGUGUGGCUGGACUAGCAGCUGGGCUUCGGAAGAAGUUUGGAACAUACGCAGGACAUGUGGUGCCAACAAUUUUAGAAAAGUUUAAAGAGAAGAAACCCCAAGUGGUCCAGGCCUUGCAAGAGGCUAUUGAUGCAAUCUUCCUUACUACAUCUCUCCAGAAUAUCAGUGAGGAUGUGUUGGGUGUGAUGGACAACAAGAACCCUUCCAUCAAACAGCAGGCCUCUCUGUUCCUGGCCAGAAGCUUCCGCCACUGCACCCAAGCCACGUUGCCAAAGAGCAUGCUCAAAGCUUUCUGCCCUGCAUUUCUCAAGCAAGUGAAUGAUUCGGCCCCAGAGGUGAGAGACGCUGCGUAUGAAGCAUUGGGGACAGCCAUGAAGGUGGUGGGGGAGAAGGCUGUCAACCCAUUCCUGGCUGAUCUGGACAAACUCAAGCUUGACAAGAUUAAAGAAAGUGCCGAUAAAGUGGAACUGCCUGGAAAGAAAGGAGGUGGUGGUGGUGGGGCGGAGAAGGCACCUGCUGCAAAGGCAGCACCGCCUGCUGUGGCUCCAGCUAGAUCCUCUGGAGCGCCCAAGAAGGCCCCAGCAGCUAAGUUGGGUGGACCUCCUAAGAAAGGGAAACCUGCCUCCGCUCCGAGUGCGAAAGGAAAGAAAUGUCCCGAAACAAAGGAAUUCGUAGAGACCGAGCUAUCGAUUGAGGUGUGUGAGGAGAGAUCCGCCGCGGUGCUCCCUGCCUCCUGCAUGCAGCUGCUGGACUCUGCUAACUGGAAGGAGAGACUGGCCAGCAUGGAGGAGUUUCAGAAGGCUGUGGAGCAGAUGGACAAGAGUGAGAUGCCUUGCCAGGCUCUGGUUAGGAUGCUUGCCAAGAAACCAGGCUGGAAAGAGACCAACUUCCAGGUGAUGCAGAUGAAGCUUCACAUUGUGGGUCUGAUAGCCCAGAAGGGAUCGUUCUCCAAGACGUCAGCCUUCGUGGUGUUGGAUGGCCUGGUGGAUAAAAUAGGAGAUGUGAAGUGUGGAGGCAAAGCCAAGGAGGGCCUGACUGCUACCGCCGAGGCCUGCUCCCUACCCUGGACUGCUGAACAGUUGGUUUCCAUGGUUUUUGCACAGAAGAAUCCUAAAAAUCAAGCUGAAACCCUCAACUGGUUGGCUAAUGCCAUGAAGGAAUUUGGAUUUGCUGGCAUCAAUGUGAAGGGUUUCAUCAACAAUGUCAAGACGGCGUUGGGAGCGACCAACCCUGCGGUGAGGACCGCAGCCAUCACCCUCCUAGGAGUCAUGUACCUGUACAUGGGCGCUCCUCUACGCAUGUUCUUCGAGGACGAGAAACCUGCCCUGCUGAAACAGAUAGACGAUGAGUUUGAAAAGAUGCAAGGCCAGUCUCCUCCGACUGCGUUCAGAGGAGCCAGGAAAGGAGGAGCGGAGGAGGAUGGAGAGGAGGCGGACGAGCAGGAGGAGGAUGGAGGAGGAGCACCUGACGUCAUGGAUCUGCUACCUAGAACUGACAUCAGUGAUAAGAUCACGCAAGACAUGGUGGAUAAGAUAGGUGACAAGAAUUGGAAGAUUCGUAAGGAGGGUCUGGACGAGGUGGCAGCGGUCAUCUCUGAGGCCAAGUUUAUCCAGCCCAGCAUCGGAGAGCUACCCAUGGCACUGAAGGGACGCCUCAACGACUCCAACAAGAUCCUGGUCCAGCAAACCCUGACCAUUCUUCAGCAGAUCGCCGUAGCGAUGGGCCCAGCUCUGAAGCAACAUGUCAAGAGCCUGGGCAUGCCCAUCAUCACUGUACUGGGAGACGGCAAGACCAACGUGCGUGCUGCUGCCAUGACAACCCUGCAGGCCUGGGUAGAACAGACCGGCAUGAAGGACUGGCUGGAGGGAGAGGACAUGUCUGAAGAGCUCAAGAGAGAGAACCCCUUUCUUAGGCAGGAGGUGCUGGGCUGGCUGGCAGAGAAGCUCCCCACCAUGCGUACGGUGCCCUCUGACCUGAUGCUGUGUGUGCCCUACCUGUACUCCUGUCUGGAGGACCGCAACGGAGACGUGAGGAAGAAGGCCCAGGACGCCCUGCCCAUCUUUAUGAUGCACCUGGGCUACGAGAAGAUGUUAAAGGCCACUGGCAAACUCAAGCCUGCCUCCAAGGAGCCUGUGUCUGCCCUGCUGGAGAAGGCCCGGGCAGUGAUGCCAGCCAAGCUUGCUCCACCUCCUGGCAAAGCUGGCGCAGCCAAGUCUAUCAGCGGCGGUGCCCCUGCUGCAAAGUCAGCUUCGUCUAAAGCUAAACCUAAACCUGUUAUUGAUGACGACGAUGAUGAUGAUGAUGACGACGAGCCUGAGCCCGAAACUAAGACUAAGAAAGUGGUUAAGCCUGGAGCUGCUAAAAAGGGUGUGCUUGGGAAGAAGGCCCCGGUCACUAAGGCCACUGCCAAGGAUGAGGAGGACAGGUCUGGUGUUAUCUUUAUCCUGGUACCCAAUGGCAAGGAACAGAGGAUAAAGGAGGAAAAAGGGCUGAAGGUGUUGAAAUGGAAUUUCCAGACCCCGCGAGAUGAGUAUGUGGACCAGUUGAAGACUCAGAUGUCCACCUGCUUYGCCAGAUGGCUCCAGGAUGAACUCUUCCACGCUUCUGACUUCCAACGCCAGGUCAAGGCUAUUGGGGUCAUGGGAGAGCGAAUGGAGGAUGAGCUUGAGGGCACACUCAGCUGCUUGGACCUGAUCCUGAAGUGGUUCACACUGCGUUUCUUUGAGACCAACAGCACUGUGUUGAUGAAGGUUCUGGAGUACCUCAAGCUGCUCUUCCCCACGCUGAGCAGAGAGAACUACCACCUCAACGAAUACGAGGCUUCCUCCUUCAUUCCCUACCUCAUCCUCAAAGUUGGGGAAUCAAAGGAUGUGGUGCGUAAAGACGUGCGUGCCAUCCUCACCAUGCUGUGUAAGGUCUACCCUGCAAGCAAAGUCUUCCCUUUCCUCAUGGAUGGGACCAAGUCCAAGAACUCCAAACAAAGAGCUGAAUGUCUUGAGGAGCUGGGCUGUCUGAUAGAGAACUAUGGAAUGAACGUCUGUCAGCCAACACCGGCCAAAUGCCUGAAAGAGAUCGCUGUUCACAUCGGAGACAGGGACAAUUCAGUACGCAACGCUGCCCUCAACACAGUGUUGGCUGUGUACAAUGUCUGUGGGGACCAAGUCUACAAACUCAUUGGCAAUCUGUCUGAGAAGGAGAUGAGUAUGUUAGAGGAGAGGGUCAAGCGCUCCGCUAAGAAGACCCCUGCAGCAGCCCCACCACCCGCCAGACAGGCUGCAGAGAGAGAGAGGCCCCAGAGAGAGCACUCCUCCAACCCCAACGCCACCUUCAUGAGGAAGCCUGCUCAGCAACCUCAGGAGGAUGUGCCCGACAAGCUCAACCAAGCGCGGGCUCAGAACGCUCUACGGGAACACUCGCACCCGUCCAUCCCCAAGGAGUUUCAGCUGGACCUGGACAUGAUUGAGAACGACCACACACGGGUCAGUGAGCUGCCCGACCUGGUCCAACACAAACUGGACGAACUGCUGGAGCCCAUCACGAUGCCAGAGCCCAAGAUCCGCUCUGUCUCGCCCCACUUUGAUGAUCUUCACAACAGCACCGCUUCCACCAUCAACUUUGUCAUCUCCCAGGUGGCCAGUGGAGACAUCAACACCAGCAUCCAGGCUCUGGCACAGAUUGAUGAGGUGUUGAGGCAGGAGGACAAGGCGGAGGCCAUGUCAGGUCAUAUCGACCAGUUCCUCAUCGCCACCUUCAUGCAGCUGCGUCUCAUCUACAACACACACAUGGCCGACGACCGCCUCGACAAGAAGGACAUCUUCAAGCUCUACAGCUGCAUCAUCGGCAACAUGCUCUCAUUGUUCUCUAUGGAGAGCCUGGCGCGAGAGGCGUCUAUGGGGGUUCUAAAGGACCUGAUGCACGGUCUGAUCACCCUGAUGCUGGAUGCCCGGGUGGAGGACAUCGAGGACGGACAGCAGCUCAUUCGCUCCGUCAACCUGCUGGUGGUCAGAGUACUGGAGAAGUCUGACCAGACCAACAUCCUCAGUGCUCUUCUGGUGCUGCUACAGGACAGCCUUACCACCUCAUCAGGGUCUCCUAUGUGCUCUGAACUGGUCAUGAAGUGCCUGUGGCGUAUGAUCCGGUUCCUGCCAGAGACCAUCAACAGCAUCAACCUGGACCGCAUCCUGUUGGAUGUCCACAACUUUAUGAAGGUGUUCCCCAAGGAGAAACUGAAGCAGCUGAAGUCUGACGUGCCCCACAGGACCCUCAAGACCCUGCUGCACACACUGUGUAAACUCACUGGAGCCAAGAUCCUGGACCACAUGUCCAUGAUAGAGAACAAGAAUGAUUCUGAGCUGGAGGCCCACCUGAGACGAGUGGUCAAACACUCUGGAAACUUCUCUGGCAUGAAGUCUGACCGGGGCACCGAGAAAGGCCAGGAUGACAGGAUGUCGAAAGCUAAAGUGAGCGACAUCCUCUCUGAGAUAUUCAAGAAAAUUGGCUCCAAGGAAAACACAAAGGAGGGCCUGACGGAGCUGUAUGAGUAUAAACAGAAUUACUCAGACGCUGACCUGGAGCCCUUCCUGAGGAACACGUCUCAGUUCUUCCAGAGCUACGUGGAGAGAGGCCUCCGCAUGAUCGAGUCUGAGAGAGAGGGCAAAGGCAGGAUCCAGCCUUCUAGCACAGUGAUUCCCCAACAUGGCCUAGACUCUGGCUCAGUGCCUCUGAACGGAGAGGAGAUGAAACCCGCAGUGUACUACGAGAGACUGAAGAUUCUGAGACAGAGACAGGGACUGGAGAACAACUCCAGGCAGGCUCAGCUGUUGCAGCAGGAGGAGGGGGACAGUGGACUGAUGCGUCCCAUCACCUCCCUGCUGUCCAAGCCCUCGGUGGCCUCCUCCACAGACAUGCUCCAAAGCAAACUGUCUCAGCUCAAAGAGUCCCGCGAGUCCCACUUCCAGCAGGAGCAGUCCCACUCCCACAGCCCCACUCGUUGCUCGUCCCCCUCCGCCAACCUCGACGACCUCAAGAAGAGGCUGGAACGGAUAAAGAGCAACCGCCAGUAAACGACCCCUGACCCCCAAGCUCAUCUCUAUACCCAGUCUAUCUAAUGUGUUAGCCAGCCCCCACCCUCGACCAGAUACACACCAAGCCUUGGCUUUACCCACCCCAAAACCCUGCUCUUAUCCUGGCUUUCUUUUUCUGGGUAACCCCCUCUUCUGUGUAAAUUCAAAAAGCACCUGUCUCAUUGUAUAAUAUUCUGUAAGUGGACAAUUUUUUUGUUGAGUAUCGUGGCACAAUUUUGUGUGUAUAUACUCAUGGAUGCUAACCACUCAACGCUUUUAAGUGUCAAGUUAGGGUUAUAGUGUACAGUUUCCAUGUGCAGAAUGCUGUAAUAUGUGUAACUUAAUCUAGCCUUUUUUUCCCUCUUUUUUUUUUAAUUUUUUUUUUUUAAAGGUUUUGAAUUUCAUAGUCAAACCAUAACAUGUCUCUUCUCUGGGCCUCCAAGCAGAGUUGGGGUCAAUUCCAUUUUAAUUCAGUUAUUUCUGGAAGUAAACAAAAAAACUAAUGUUUCCUCAGAGAAGCAUUUAGGAAAAUCUGAGUAGGAAUUGGAAUGUCAGUUUACUUCUGGAAUUGACCCCAUCCCUGUUUCUAUGCUCUGUCAGUUCAUACCACUGUUUGCUAAACUUGCUAUUUUGCUUUUCCAUCUAUGAAGUUAAGACUUGUARAACUUGAAGGAUUGAUUCUGUUCUCGAAGUAAAGCAAGGAGCAUGGCAUGAAGUAAUUGUUUUUGUAAUAAAGUUUGCAUUACUAAAAUAUGCUUAAGUCAUUGGUUUAAUAAUACUCCCAUCUUGCAUACUGUAGCAGAAUGUCACUAAUUCUGAUGCAUUGUUUUUGUAUUUAAUUCAAAUGGAAGUAGUCUUAAAUUGUUGCUCUUAUGGGUUUUAAGUGUAUAAUCGAUAGUGAAAUGGCAAUAAAGUUGUUUUUUUAACAAACUA